CGAGGUCAAACCGAUUGAGUUACCGAUUAAUUACAAUACAAUCGGGGCCUUACGAGGCUUUCCCCUUUAUUCAUCUUACUCUCUCAUUGUAUCAACAAUACAUUGCGUGAGUAUAGAAGAAUUCGUUAGUUUAUCAGACCCAUGUUGUCAUUGCUGGCGUUGCUCUCGCCAACGUUCUUCCUUUACACGAUUGUCUCUCUUUUUGAACUGAGCCAUGGCCCGAGUUCGCAAGGCAACCGGUCCUACCCGGAAGGGAGCGACCGAAAUGGUGCCGGAGGAGCGAGUGGAAGAAGAAACGCCCUUUGAGGCCGUUGAGUCGCCGUCCAAGGACAGUGACAAUGAGACGCAACCAUCGUCCAUGGGCGAUGAUAAUGACUCACAGUCUGAGAUCGAGUCGUACAAGAUUGAUACCGACAUUGAUUUCAAGUACAACCCAAACUUUUUUGAGGACAAGAAAGCCCUUGAAAGUGUUCUAAGGAAUACUAUGGGAUUUGGAGAUAUCCAUGUGAAGUCACUCCAAAACGAAGGUUUGAAGACCGCAAAUGAUUUCUUGCUUAUUUCUAUGAGUGACAUCAAUGAUCUUUGCGACAAGCUUUUGUUUGCAACAGUUUACAGGGCUCGCCUACGGGCAUUUGCUACAUGGUUACGUAGUCAACCCGACAACAUAAAUAUUACCCAAGAAUGGACAAUUCCAGUUAUGCAAUUGGAAAUGCAGAUGAAGGCGCAAGCGUCUCCAUUUGGAACCUCCGAGACCAACAAAACAGACAAGUCAGUCUCCAGUCUGGUGCCUGAUCCCUUUGAUGGUACACAGAAGAAGUGGCUCGCCUUUCGAUACAGUUUUGAGGCAUGGGCCGGAGCAAGUGGGCAAUCUUUUGAUGCCUGCAUCUCACAUGACUCGGAGCGAUAUUCCCGUUCAGAACCAACAGCGACCUACAAUGACAUCAAUGACGAACCUGAUUCAUUUAAAUAUGACUGGAACGUUAAGUCAGUUCGCAAUUCAAACAUCUUUUUUAUGCUCAAGUCGCUCACAAGCGGCGGAGAUGCAUGGGGCCUUAUCGAACCUUACGAGGUUUCAAAAAAUGGCCGUCAUGCCUGGAUCGCCUUGUGUGCGUUCUAUGAAGGGGCCAGUCAGGUGGGCUUAACCACAGAAGAAGCUCGCACUACAAUUCUGACAUCGAAGUAUACCGGACAAUCCCGGAACUUCACUUUUACCAAGUAUGUUCAAAAGCAUCUUACUGGUAACAACAUAUUGGCUCGCAACAAAGAGGCCUACACGGACUCACAGAAAACAAACUUUUUCCUACGGGGAAUUGUUGAUACUGAACUUAUGGCAUUCAAGGCAGCUGCUGAAGCUAACCUAAAUGAAUGGAAGUUCGAACGCGUUGUCACGUACAUGCGUACUCAAGCCGCCAAGCUCACGAGCAAGGACGGUAAGGAUUCCCGAAACAUUCGUCAGGCUACGGGCUUGUCGAAAAACAGGAACAACAAAAACAACCGGCGCAAGCGCUCGGAAUACCAAAGCCAAGGCAAAGGUAAUAAAGAGUCGGGCAAAGGAAACAAUGCUCCUAGUACUCAACUCCGCAAGGACAUCUGGGAUGAAUUGUCUCCCGAGAUAAAGGAUGCCAUCAAAGCGGCAAAGCGUAGAGCGUCUACGGACCCGCGCACGGCUAAAAGAGCCAAGACUAGUAGUACGGAUAACUCUAACGCAAGCGUUGAGUCCUACUCGCCUGAUUUAAGGUCAAUGUCUACUGAAAUAUUUAAAGCAGAUGAUGACAAGGACUUGGCUUCAGGUCAGCCUGAGGCGAAAGAUACACCACUUCAUUUGGAACUUGAAGAUACGCUUAAGAAACCUACAUAUGGAGCAGGUACCCUAUUUGGGCGAUCUGCUGACAGGGUCUCCUUUAAUCGUAUGGUAUGCAGUUCAGAAGAAAACAAAGUCACUCCUUGGCGCAUGUCAGAACUACGGCUUGCGGAUGCAACAAUAAGACGCAUUUGUAAGAAUCGCACACGAAAUCCUACCGGCCGUUCAACAUGGGGCGAAGCUGCCAUUGAUACUGGUGCCGACACAAUUUGCAUUGGUUCAGGCUAUACUGUACUUGCCCAUACAGGUCGAUAUGUGAGUCUGCGAGGUUUUCAUGACAGUGGUGAUACUCUUGAUCGAAUUCCAGUUGUGACGGCUGCUACAGCAUAUGACUACGAUGACGGAACCACCGUUAUUCUGGUUUUCCAUGAAGCUUUGAAUCUUGGGCCUACACAGUCCACAUCUCUCAUCAACUUGAAUCAGAUUCGGCACGCCGGACAUCAGACUGAUGACAUUCCGAAGUUUUUAUCCCAAGGGAAAUCUCUUCACGGAAUUGAAACAAUUGAUGGCGACUACAUUCCUUUUGAAUUGAAGGGACGCACAUCAUUGUUGUACUCACGAGUACCUACUCGCCAUGAGCUUGAGAACUGCCUGCACAUUGAUCUCACAUCUGAUCAACCCUGGGAUCCAAACAGCAAAGACUGGGAGGAUAAUGAGCAGCGCUACACGCGUCAUGACCGACAACGGAAUGCACGCUAUACCGCAACUGAUAAUGCGGAUGAGGAGAACUUUUACCAUGGGUAUUUCUCUCUCCCUGACUCUAAGGAGUUCCCGGUUCUACCGGCAAACAAUAAUGUUAUGAACCCAAAUGAUGUCGUACGCGAGAUCAAAUAUGCUACUGCACGGGUUUCAAAAUCUAGCCCACGGGAUCUAGAUGUCGAUCGAGACAAACUUCGCCGCAUCCUGGGACAUGUUCCUAUGGAAGUAGUUGACCGAACACUGGAAGCUACAACACAACUUGCGGAACGCUCUGGCAAAAUGCCACUGCAUCGACGUUUUAAAACGAAGUUUGAACAAUUGCGAUACCGCCGGUUGAAGUGUACGUUAUAUAGCGACACUUUCAAAUCUACUGUUAAAUCCUCCCGAGGACACACGCAUACCCAAGGGUUUGUAUGUGGUGAUUCUUACUUUGUAUACCACUUUCUUAUGAAAGCGGAAUCCGAAGCAGACCAAGGUCUUGCGUCAAUUAUACAAGAUAUAGGAAUUCCGGCACAAAUUCACACCGACAACGCAAAAGUGGAAACCUUAAGCAAAUGGAAGAAAAUCACUUCCGGUCACUGGAUAAAAGUCACAGUCACGGAACCAUACUCACCGUGGCAAAACCGUUGCGAACACGAAUUCGGUGCGGUUCGGAUCCAGACACGACUUGUUAUGGAAACGACACAAUGUCCAGAACAGCUUUGGGACUACGCCAUUACCUACGUGGUAAUUGUGCGUAAUAAUACCGCUCGCAAAGCCUUAAAUUGGCAAACGCCAUUAACGGUUAUGACAGGUGACACGAGCGAUAUUUCAGAAUUGUUGGAUUUCGAGUUCUACGAACCGGUACAAUAUUUUGACAAUCCUGAAAUUAAAUUUCCACAAGCUAAGACUAAAGUUGGUCGGUGGCUUGGUAUUGCAACAAAUGUUGGACAAGCUAUGUGCUACUAUGUCCUAACAGACAAAGGAACCGUGAUAGCGCGAUCCACAGUCACACCACUUCACAAAGUUGAUUCAACUGCUUUGCAAACCUCUCUUACAGCUUUUGAUGCUAUGAUAAGGGAUAUUUAUCAGCCUACUGAUUUUGCUCACAGCACUAAAAAGCAAGCAGCCUCGUUACGACGAGAUGAAGCAAUGAAGGUUGCCAGAAAAACUGGUGAACCUGAAGAUCCAGGAGUCCGUAAUAGACAUGUUCUGUAUGACUUAAAUGAGGGAGCCGACCAUGACCAAGUGGAACCAGGACUAUCAGUUGAUGAUUACUACGGUAACGACGACGAAAAAGAGUCUGGUUCGUCGGAUCUCCUUGUCGGCAGCGAAGUACUCCUUACUAAGGGAGGUAUACAACAUCUAGGCAAAGUCACCAACCUUGAUAAAAAUGGCCAGCCCAAGGGCUCAAACGAAACAACCAAUUAUGUUGUUGAGUUCAAUGAUGGUACUGAAGAGAUUCAUGGAUACAAUGCUCUGCUUGACGCUGUGUAUAAGCAAAUAUUGUUGACCAUCAAAGGCGCCCACGUGGCGGCCGAGGACGAACGAAAGGUUGGUUCCUCCGUGUUAAAUGGGCCAAUGGUGAAUACACCUGGGAGCCUCUUACCUCUUUAA